UAGCAAACAAAGGUACACAUUGGUAAUAUCUUUCUUUCUCUUUCUUCUGCUGUCUUUAAAAAGACCACCUGGGUUUUUUUAGGAGGGAAAAGAACCUGUCAUUAACCCACUUAACACACUAAAACAAAGUUUCUUACCAGGAAAAAAGGAGAAACAAAAGAAGAAAAUUAAAACAGAAGAAAAGAAAAAUGUUUGCAGGAGAUCAAAAAGGUUUACAAGAUGACCCAAGGUUGAAGGCCAUUUCUGAAGCCAUUAGAGUUGUUCCUCACUUCCCAAAACCAGGGAUCAUGUUCCAGGACAUAACAACACUGUUGCUUAAUCACAAGGCUUUCAAAGAUACUGUGGAUAUCUUUGUUGAUCGUUAUAGAGAAAUGGGCAUUUCUGUUGUUGCUGGUGUUGAAGCUAGAGGAUUUAUGUUUGGACCGUCGAUUGCAUUGGCUAUUGGUGCCAAGUUUGUUCCUUUACGUAAACCUAGAAAGUUGCCAGGAGAAGUGAUCUCUGAAGCAUAUGUACUCGAAUAUGGCACUGAUUGUUUAGAGAUACAUGUUGGAGCUGUUCAACCUGGGGAACGUGCCUUAAUUAUUGACGAUUUGGUGGCAACAGGUGGGACUCUUUCUGCUGCAAUCCGCCUAUUAGAACGUGUUGGGGCUCAAGUGGUUGAAUGUGCAUGUGUUGUUGGGUUGCGUGACGUUAAGGGACAACAUAGACUAAAUGGAAAGCCCUUGUAUAUUCUUGUGGAGCCACGCCAGCAGACAAAUUAUUCUGCACCUUCUGUUAAUGGAGUUGAAACAUGCAGACACGAUGACGUCUACCUUUCCGCGACUUGAAUAUAUCGGUUUUCUCAUUCUCAGAGCAAAGCUUGGUUCUACAUUCAAUCUCAUUUCAAAAUGAGAUUAGUUUUCUGAUGCUUUUUGUUUUGAACACUUUGAUUGUAAAACUUUUAUUUCUUUCUUAGGCUCUUUUACUUUACUUUUCAUAGUUUUUGAAUGAAUUGCCGCAUGUCAGUACCUAUUAAUUGUUUAUUCAAUUUAUAUCAUG